AUGUCGACAGCCUCCGGAACUGACUCGUACCAGACGGUCACUGACCAGUCAGAAAGUGACGACGACGACCCCAACACCUGGGGUCAGAAGUCACAGAGGCGAGGCUGCAGGUGUCCACCCUUCUGCACUGCCAGUCGGGUUUGCCAUGUCUGCUACAUAUGCCAGCUUUGCUUGUACUUACUUGUCUUCCCGCUCUGGACGAAGUGGCUGGUAACCAGCCCGAUGCCAACCCGGUAUUGGCACCAGGACUUCCCCGACUGGCCCGUGAUCUCCUCGGCUGCGGGUCGGUCCAUCGCCCUGGAAGCGCCGGCAAGAGCCAUCGACAUGACGCCCUUGCCAAUGGACUCGCGCAGCUGCAACUAUUCCUGCUUGUCAAGCGUUGCUGCCUCCGACACCGCUUCGGUUGGCUUUCAGGUUGGUCUCACGUUGAAUGACCCGGAGUUGAUCAAGCAGAAGGUCUAUGCAGUGUAUCCGGUUCUUCUAGCAUCUGAAAACUUUCGCGACUGGUGGGUCGCUGCCGACAAGAGACAUGCCCAUCCAACUCCGUUCUGGAGAUCACGAACAGCUGCCGAGAUGGGCCUUUACACCUACGUGUCUGAGGCAUGCACCAAGCCACCGGAGAAGCGGACGGACAUGUCAGAGGUCCUUGGAGGUGUCUACAUCCUCGCAUGCGUCACGUGGAGUCCCGACAGCUUCAAGAAGCUCUCAGCUGCCACGACACUGACCAUGGAUGAAGUCGGCUCCUUCUGUAGCUCAGCGGGCGGCGUGUGUGGAUGGAGCUGCGGGGCGGAGGUGCCCUCGGAGCGUCUCCCGGGCUGCGUGGACCACCGCAUUGCCAUGACCUCCGACAGCGUUGCAGGGCUCUUCGUCUCCGAUGCAAAUUUCAAGGGCAAGGUCGAGAUCCAGGAAUGCUCGCAGGGAAAAUGGGAUCAUGGUUCGUGCAUGACCACGCCGAACAACUUUCAGCACUGGCAGUGUCAGGAGUGCCGCUACGACCCAAAUCCUGUUGGAAGUGACAUGGACAUCGGGUUGGAUGACUCCGCAGAGCGUGAACGCAUCUACACCUCGCUGCCACGCUUUAAAGUUAUGCUCACCGACGUGGAAUCUCCGGAUGGAGAUGUGUUCAACCAACCACGGAUUUUCCUCUUGAGCUCAACGGUCAAGCAGACCGGCAUCUGGAAGAAGUUGUACAUGCCAGACACGGGCAAGUUCACUCUUCCCGAGCCGGUCGCAACUCCCACGAAGUCGCCUGAUGAUAUGGAAGAUGAGGACGGUUCCACCGUUACCGAGGCUUACACGAAGCAGGCUAUGGUGUUGAUGGAACCAAGUCGUUUGAACAUUGAUCCGGAUUGGUGCUUCGGACAGCAAGGACCCUUGUACCUCGUGGCCUGUGCCGUGAAUGCCAGCCUUUACGAGGAUCCGAAUUUCGAGAACUUUACCCAAGGCCAGCGAGUGGCUCCGCCGCCCUUCAACGACCGCUGCGUGGCCGUGUCGGGGCGAUGUGGCGGCGCGUGCCAGUCGUGGGACACGGAGGAUCUGAAAAGUUGCACUGACGACGGCUACAUUGUACAGUCUGCACUGGUGCAGCAUAUUCCUCCGCAGAAGAACGAAGAGAUGGCGGUUUGGGUGUUUGCUUUCCUGCUACUGCUGGGCUUUGCGGUGAAGGUGGGAGUGCUCUGCCCCGGCAUCUUCCGAUCCUACAAACACUACCGCAGGUACGAUCCGGAGCUGACCCAGCAGCUGCGCUACAUCGUUGUGGCUGUGACUACAAAAGACGAGCCUCCCAGCAUCGUCCUGCGGAGCUUGAUCGGUGCCGUCAGUGCGUUGCCGUCCGACUGUGCUUGCCGAUACCAUGUUGCGCUUCUUGAUGAAGGCCACCGCGCGCAGCAGAAGGUGCUUUGGACGAAGAUCUGCGAGAUUUUGCAGGCCAUCCCAUCAGGAUCCGGCUUUCAGUCCUACGAAGAGAGCGUGCGGCAAUUCUUCCAUGUUUGGGUCGAAGAGACCAACAAGAUGACAUUUGAAGACCUGCGACGCAGCUUUUACGGAGACAAGUCGCAGGCUACCCUAGACAAGCUCAGCGGGGAGGAAGUGCUAAAGAAGCUUCGGAAAGCGUGGGGCUGGCAGCGAGUCAGCUGUACCGCGCUGGAAUCCGCACUAGCUUCCCUCAAAGACGAGCUCCUUGCUCCAGGGCCACACAAGAACAAGUCCUAUUUGGAUGACCUGGUGGACUGGAUGCCAGCAGACGAAAACAGCAUCGCCCUGCGCCUGCACUACCUGGCCAGGGCGAGUCCUCCGGAGGAUGAACGCACCUUGAAGACGCAGCAUGUGGCUCCCGGAACGUGGUACUAUGAGGUUCCACAGGGCACUGGAAACGACCAGUGGCUGGCUUGCCGGUCUAAAGCCAUGCAGAUGCUGCAUGGUCUCGAGGAGGUAGAUACCAGCAAGCUGCAGAUCGCACUGCGUCCCAGUCGCGGGAAACCAGGCGGUCUGAACUUCGCCGCCAAUUAUUUUUUUGUUUAUGCUGGCCGAGCCCGGAAUCUUUACGGUGAUGACCGGGACUUGCAGCCGGCCCUGUUCAGUGUCUGCGAUGCACGGCAUCAGUUUCAGACGGACUUUUACCAUUCUACGAUUCCGUACUUCUUUGACCUCUACGCAAACCUGAGCAGGAACGUUCGCUUUUGCCAGUGCCCGAAAUAUUUUCCGCAUGUACAGGAUCGGGCCGAUUAUUUAGACAACAACGAUGCCCAGUAUUUCCGCUUGAAUUGCAUGAUCCACAACUGCUGCGGUGGCGUCAGCGCCAGCAGCACCAACAGCACGUGGCUUUUAAAUCGCAAAGAGCCGGAAGAACACGAUGCUCUCAUCUGGGAGCUGGAGAAAUCUCGAGUUCGCGACCGGCGGACCAAGCGAAAACAUAAGGAGUACAUUGAAUUUCUCACUUUCCCCGAGAACUGUGCUGCAGAAGAUGCCGCCCUCAGCUUAAAACAGAUGGUGGGAGGCAACCGAUCCCACUUCAUUAGCAGGCGGCUGUCCUAUGGCCUUGCGCUGACUCCAGAGGAACAUCUGAUUGCGGUGCAGAAGAGUAUUCAGGCUAACUUUGUCCUCUCGCUCCAGAGCUUCUUCCGCUGUCAAUCAGGUUUGGUGUCCCUUUGGACGACGUUCCUCGCUUUUGCUUGCUUCCUGACGUCGCUUUUUUGGCUUGUGACAAAGGCCGACCUCGAAUGGGAGGUCGUGAAUUGGGGUUGGCUUCCCAAGGAUGCCUACAGAACGGUCAUGCAGCCGGUCAGGAGCUGGAGCCAAGACGCCGCAGAGGUUUUGAACCGCUUCGUUGGCUACGACGAGGAAUGGCUCCAGAGCUUCAUCGUUAUCACGCUACAAAUUGCAGUUUGGGUGGCGAGUUUGGGAGCAUGGCUCCUACUGAUCGCCGUCGUUACGCAGACUUGCAAGGUGAUUCAGCGAUGCUGCUUGAACUGCGGAUCGAUCUGGCCCGAUGAAAUGAGAUGGUGGGGCAGGCUGCUUAUCCUGGUAUCCAACCUCUCGCACUUCCUUUGGUGUUGGGUGCCUUUCUUCUGGAUAGGCUUCAACUUCUACAAUGUUUUCAGCGGCAGAGAUUUCCAUUAUCCGCCACUCUUAAUGUUUGUCUUCACGCUCCUGCUUCAGGUCCUGAAUUGGGGCCUUAUCGGUGCCAGCUGCAUGCGCCAUUCUCUGGAAGCAAGCAUGGAGGCGAACGAGGUCGCCAUGCUGACCAUUGACAACAUCUGGAGGUCUACGCAGAGAUACUAUAUCACUGCCCCGCUGGUGAUUUACUCGAUGGUGGAGGGCCUUCAAGAUUUGAUGAACUUCCAGCUCUAUGGCCAGGACGUGACAGUUAAUGAGGCAUCGGGAAAGAUCGCUGUCCACCUAGUGAAAUACUGGACCCUCUUGCUGGAGAUCCUUGCGAUAGCUGCCUGGAUCUGCUUUUACAACGUCAAGCCGACGCAAGAUGAAGGCGGGCUGUCCUCGCUGAUCAUCGUGACGGUCAUUGCGCUGGAUGUGCUGCAUCCCUGCGCUUAUCUCUGGGUCGGCGAGACGAAAAUGACGCCGGCAAAGGCGAAUUCUCUCUCUUGGUACCAGGCAUUGACGACUUGGGAAUGGUGGGAGCGUCUGAUUCAUGAUUUGGUCCUGAAUGAGCUAGUUACCGGCGUAUUGAAGUGGCUGGGACCUGCAUGGAUGAUUGCCAUGCCUUUGCUGACGCUGUUGAUGCCGUACAUUGGGGUGAACCAAGCCUUCAUGCUGGUUGCCACUGUGCAAAAUCGUUGA